GUUUGCGGCGGACCGUCUCCUCCGCUGUGAGGGCCGCAGGCGAGCGGAACCCACAGCCGCCUCGGAGCGAUGACGGGGCGGACACGGAGGGCCCAGCGGCCGGGCCACUGCGGACCGCUCAGUUCGGACGAGGGGGACCCACGAUACCCGCAGCUCGAGCCCAAGWCCCGCUGACAGAAUACAAUGAUCAGGACGAUUGAAUUUAAUCUGCAUCCGCAGCUCUUUUCUCUGAUGAUGGUCCWCUUCUUAAGUUUUGUCUUCCUGUGAGUUCUGACCCGGAUGGRAUAAGGGCAGGGAGGACUUUUGAGUUUUCGGUUCUGUUUUCUGUUGACAGCUUCCUGACAGCGGAGGUUAAACAUGGGGGUCAAGCAGAGCAGCCCCGCUGCUAGCCCAGCUGCUAACGGACGGACCAGAGCCUACUCCGGCUCGGAUCUGCCUUCCUCCRCGUCGGGCGGCAGCAACGGAAACCCCGACAGAACCCCCGGCGUGGGGGCCCGGUACCGCAGGGCGCCCAGAGCCGCUGGAGCCGCAGCCAGCACCGGCCAGCCGCUCGGGGCCGGGGCCAGGUCGAGGUCCGUGGGGGGCUCCGGGGCUCCCGCGGCGAGACCUCAGUCCGGCAUCAGCAUCCCGAACAGCGGAGGAGCCUACAGCUCCCCGGAGUCCGGCGGCAGCAGCCCGGAGGAGGCGGAGGGCCCCCGCCUGGUGAUCGGAUCUCUACCCACACACCUGUCACCUCACCUGCUGGGAGGUUUUAAGUGCCCUGUCUGCUUGAAGUAUGUGUCUUCAGAUGAGAUGGAUCUUCACCUGGUUUUGUGUUUAACCAAACCCAGAGUCACGUACAAUGAGGACGUCCUGGCCAAGGAUGCAGGUGAAUGUGCGAUCUGCCUGGAGGAGCUGCAGCAGGGAGACACCAUCGCCCGCCUCCCCUGCCUCUGCAUCUACCAUAAAGGCUGUAUUGAUGAAUGGUUUGAGGUGAACAGAUCCUGUCCAGAGCAUCCUUCAGAAUAAAGCWUUGUUUGCACAGGGACCCACCAUGAGACGGAUCUAUCUGAGGAGACAGUCAGCACUGUGAUCAAUAAACUUCAUGUCUACCCUUCUCAGAUACUGAGCCACUCACUGGUGCCACAGUAUGCCAAAUCUCAUCCAAUCAACCUUCAGGGAUACAAACAGUUUAAUGUUUGAGUUUCACCCGUCGUCCGAGAGAGAGGACACRAGUCCACCUCACAUCCUGAUUGUACGCUGGGGCGGUGGAGGAGGUGGUCCUGGAGUUCAACAUCACCGUCCUCCAUUCUCCUACUGCAUCAGCACUGAUUUGUCCCGGUGCCUUGUAGUGCUGCCCUGCAGGCAGCGGGGCGGCACAGAAACCGUCAGCAGAGGCAGCUGGAUCUGCACGAGCAUCUCACCAUAACUGCCAUUCAUGCAGACGAGGAGAACUGAGCCAGAGACGGCCUGUCUGCACCAGCAGCAGCAGCAGGCCGACCAACUGUGAAAACUGUCACACAUCCAGUCAUCAGCACCUUUCAACCACAAACUGUGGACCAGAGGUCUUCAGGAACCACAACGCUCAGCCUCAGCCCUCUGCAGGCUGUUGCUGCUGGAAGGAUAAAAACAGCUCGGUUUAUUUUCACAGCAAACUUUCCCUCCYGACCCUGGAAGUCCUGUUAUAAGAUAUUUUUCAUGUGACAAAACCAACGCAACAGUUCUGAGUCAGGGUCUUUUGUGGGUUAGUGACUCCUGCAUGGACACUUUGACAGUCCAUCAAAUCUGUUCAAAAUAUUUCCACACACACAAAUAAUACUGGUUCAAGAUAGUAAAAUGUGUUUUAUUUUUUAAUCUCAUCAACAACCUCCUCCCCCUUCUAAAGAKUUUGGGUUGUGUUCUCAAACUUUUCAGCUUUUAACACUUCAGUCCACAAAGUCACAAAUAAGUGUAAUCUGAACUAAACGUAAACAAAACAAAAACUGGCAACACAUUUAUUUUUGUUUGUGUUUUUUAUUUAUUUUUGUUUGUAUUGAAAUCCAUUAUAAAUGCAUUUUUUUGAUCCCAUAUUUACAUAUAAAAUAAUGCAUUUCUUUCAGUAAAUGUUUUUCUUUUUACAACCAUCUCUCURCUUUAGAUUUAAAUUUUAGCCCACUUGCUGAUGUCCUGCUUUAUGUUUGAGGGUUGCUGUAAAAAUGGCACCUGGGCUGGAACUUACCUGGAGGAGACGCCUCCUUCCUGGCUGAAAGUUGUUGUUGAGUUCUAUUCCUCAUCUUGUCCAAAAAAAAAAAACAAAAAAUUUAGCUCCGAUGUAAAAAAGUGAAAACAGUUACGUUGUGCACAAGUAAACAUUAGCUCCACCUUCAUGCGGAACUAAGAAUCAUUCUCGCCUGCAUGGAGUCAGGUGGAUUCCUGUUGGCAGCUGGACUGCACCGCUGCAGCGCUGUGAUCAUCCGGUCCAGUAAAACCUUUAAAGAACCUGCUGCUCUUAUAAAGGUUUCAUUCUUGGUUUWAAAAAAAUAUUGCCAAACAAAGCAAUUCAAUACUAAUUGCAGCAUAAAUGUAAAAGUAUGUUUAAUGAUUUCCAUUASAUUUAUGUAAAUUUUAUGAAUUGCACCUUAUCUGAGUUCAAACGACUCAGAUCAGGUUUGUAAAGAAGUGAUUUGAUCAUUAGUGUAAGAAACAAGUGCAGUUAAACUGGUUUCCAGGCUGAGUGACAACAGAAGUCGUGUUUCYCUAUCUUUGUUUUAUAAAAUGAAAGAAUGUUAAAAGCACAAGUCCUUUAUUUCUCAAGUCUUUCAGGCUGAAAGCGUUGAUCAUUUAUUGACACCAGGAGUGCUGAGUCAUGUUUUUCUUUCACAUUAGUUGUUUCAGUUUGUCGCUCUAAAACAGAGAACAGAAGCUGUUGAUGAGAGAUGAACAUCUCACUGGUGCUUUGGGUUCUGGAUCCUCUGGUUAAAGUCCUCCUGAGUAAACAGGGCCAAGGGACAGAACUUGAGAACUGAACCAGCAUGCCUGAACUGUGAACAGACUCUUAAUCCAACUGUAAAACUACUGACGACACUGAUUUGAAGAAAAAACUCACCUUUAAUCUGAGAGAAUAAACUCAUCUGGGGGAAUCGAAGGAAACCAGGAUCUCAGUUGAUCCCAAAGCUCCAGAACUGUUAUAAAACAUUUCAUCCAAUUGUUCCCGAACACCAGUGUGAAAGAACGCUACAAUAACUAAUAUUAACCUUCUACACGUUUGCAUGAAACUGUUGAAUGUAGACGUUUAAUAUGAGCUAAUUUAGCAUUCCUUCAAAACAGUGUUUUAAACCAAUGUAAAAUGAACCCUGCAUGGUUCUGUUAGCCGUUAGCCUAGCCUGGAGGAAGAUUUCUGCCCUCUUCAUCACCCUGUGCUUCAUGUAUUAUGUCACAGCAAAGUGUUGAUAAAUACUGGACAGAACAUCAGUUCAAACAUGGCUGACCCUUUGAGAAUAUCUUUAAAGUCCUGCAGGCCUACAGUCCUGUUCUACAGUCCUAUAGACCUGCAGUCCUAUAGACCUGCAGUCCUGAUCUACAGAUCUGUAGACCUGCUGGUCCAUGGUGGUUUUAAUUAGACUGAAGAAAACUGAAACAUGUUGCUAAAAACUUGAGGAAGUUCUUACUUCCCUUCACUCUGUUCCUCUUUGUGUUUGUAAAGUUGCUGCUAGAACCUUGUCAGUAAACGGAGGCUUUUUUCUGAAUGUGAUAAACAUGUCUGUUCUCAUGCAGCAACAGAAACCUGAGCAUGAGCUGAUUUUCAGCACAGACGACCGAAUGUGGACUAGAAAGCCACUGAGAACACAUCCUCACMUCUUUUACAAUGAAGCAAUACUCAAACAUGUCACACGUCUGUCUUUUAAAUGUUUUUUUUUUUGUUUAUUUGUUUUGCAUUUGGAAAAUAUUCAGCCAUGUAAAUGUUAUUUUUUAUGUGUAGAAUAUAUUUAAAAGAUGAGAUUUGAAUGCUUUUUGCUCACGUUUAWUCUGCCUGGAAACUUGAAACUUGAAAUGAUUUUGAUUUGGCAGAGAAUACAGUAGGACUUGGUCUUUGUUCUGCUCUGUAACAAGUCCAGCUGCUAUUAGCAAUAAAAUCUUCAAAUAAACAAUGUGGGGUUGKGACAGAAUGAAAA